AUGCGCUCGCUAUACCAGCAUAUUGGACGGUUCACAGUAACCCAUCACAAACAGAACAAACCAGUCAGAGAUCUAGAAGGUAACCUCCUAUCCAAUGAUGACGCACAAAUCCGAAGAUGGCGCCAACACUUCAUGGGAAUUAGCCACACCACAUCACCAAACGUGGCCAUAGACUACAGGAGUGUUGUGCCGCCAAGUGAGAGUAGCAGGAUACCCUCUGCACCCCCGAAUGUAAGAGAAAUCGUGAAUGCAAUAAAGAAGCCGAAGCACAACAGGGCAGCUGGCGAAGACAACAUACCAGCUGAAUUGCUUCAAGUUGACACCCAACUGAUGGCUGAAAUAUUGCAUCCACAUUUCUCACGCAUAUGGGAAGGCGAGACGGUGCCAGCCUCCUGGAAAAGCGGAAUCAUUGUGAAGCUUCCCAAAAAAGGCGACCUUAGUGACUGCAACAACUGGAGAGGGAUAACACUGCUCAACACCAGCUACAAGAUCUUAGCUACUUACUUAGCUCUGAACGAACGCCUCCAGGAAAAAAUUGAGCCAUUAAUCCGAGACGAACAGGCAGGCUUCAGACCCCACAGGAGUUGCGUAGACCAGGCAAAUAUACUAUGCAUAAUAACCGAGCAAGCUGUGGAAUGGAAAGCCCCGCUUUACCUCCUGUUCAUCGACUUCAAGAAGGUGUUCGACUCAGUUGAAAGAGCAGCAAUAUGGCGAACACUUGCAAGAAAAGGAGUACCUGCAAAUCUCAUCGCCAUCAUCAAAUCGAUGUAUGACGAUGCCAACCUGGCGGUACUGCACAAUGGAAAAACUAGUGCACCUUUCCAGACAAACACCGGAAUUCGGCAAGGAUGCCCGCUGUCACCACUCCUCUUUAACAUCGUAGUCGACGAGUUAAUGAGCGAAGUAUGCUCUUCCAAGCGCGGAAUUACGUGGAACCUCACCAGACACCUUGGGGACUUGGACUACGCAGACGACAUCUGUCUCAUAUCGCAGAGACUCGACGACAUACAAAGGAAAAGUGACGACCUCGUCAGGAUAGCCAGCAGCGCUGUGCGAAGAUUCUUGUCGCUGGAAAGGAAGCUUACAAAGCACCCUGGCUUGAGGGUUAAAUAUGCGGCGUUCAUGAAGGAAUAUCGUCAUCUGGGACAUAUGUCGGCUGUGCCGGCUUCCGAAGUCAGCUCGUGCCGAUACUUUUUACCACUUUUUUAUCACUGCGUCAUAAAGGAGGAUAGCUCUACCACCAAGAUUCGCGUUGUCUUUGACGGAUCAGCUGCCCCUUCCACCGUUACCUACGGCACCAAACCAGCCUCCUUCUUGUCCGUGAGGGCUAUGCAGCAGUUGUCAAUCGAUGAGCAGGCAUCGUUUCCCAUUGGAUCAGAAAUCCUUCGGCGCGAUUUUCACGUGGAUGAUCUUAUCUCCGGCUCCGGCACGGUAAAGGAUGCUAUCAGCAUAAUGCAGCAGACGGCUGGCAUUCUUGCGAAGGGCAAGCUCAAGCUAAGGAAAUGGUGCUCUAACAUUCCGCUUCUGCUGGAGAUUGUGCCCGCCGAGGACAAGGAGUCAUUCAUGAAGUUUGAAGAUGUCGCCAUUGAGACCCUGCAGGCGCUCUGUUUUGUCUGCGAUUGCUAA